GGGGUUGAUUCUAUAUUACACUUUAUAAGAACUUCACUUAAGAAACUGCUAAAAAGAUCAUUUUUUUGGGAAGCUGUAUAUAUGUUUUUAUUUAGUUUAAUACUCUUGAGUUGGUUUCUGAGAUAACCUACCUGCAUGACUUUGUUAUGUAACCUGGGCUAGGCUUUAUUUCUAUCAUAAUUUUUGUUAUAACACUACAUUUGGUUAUGAAAUAAAGAAAAAUAUUUUUCAAUUUAGCGUUCGCUUCAUUUUCCUGAUAUUAGUUAUCUAGGGCAUGAUGAUGAUUUGUACUUGUUUCCCAUGGAGCUAGAAUUUAUGCUGAACUUAUUUAGUAGUGAUAUUUUUAAUACAAUUGAGCUGAUUAUAGAAGCUUCCAGCAUUAAAACAUGUACUUUUUACACUUUAUUAAUAAUUAUUAACUUCUCCAUGUUCUGUUUUUCAACCAUCUCAAUUUAUUAUAGAAAACCUUCAUAUCGACAGUCUUAAUUAUUUCAAGUAACAAGCAUCAGUAUUUCAAUUUCUUUUUGGAGGACCAGGAUGAGUGUUUAAACAUCUUUAGCUUUGCAUGCUGUGAAUUUGUUUUUGUUUCUGAUUUUUUUCUCCCUUCCAAGAUGUAUGUGAAUUUUGGAGUUCAGGGUUUCCUAUUGCUUAUGUUUUCAGCUUAUUUUUAAUUUAUCCAAUAUUAUUCUUUUAUAAGCAUAUCCAAGAUUUUAUUAGAAUGUUUAUUUUUCUUUUUUCUUUGCCUGUAGUGUCUUAGCUUUAUUCUUCAAAGCUUCAAUGAGUAUGAAGCUUGAAUUUGCUUGUUUGGAACCAUAAUUUAUGACCAAAUUACCAUCUCAUAUCUUGAUGUCUUUGAUUACAGUGUUAGUGUUAAAGCUGCUUAUGGAGGUUAAUGGCUGGAGAGGAACUAGUGUGAAUAAUGUUGGUCAAGAGAUUGAUAGCAGUGCUAGAUUACAUAAUGAUGUCGAUGACUGUGAUCCAUGGACAGCAUGGGCAUACAAACCUCGUACAAUUUCUUUGCUAUUUAUAGGCACAUGCCUUCUAAUUUGGGCAAGUGGAGCAUUGGAUCCAGAAAGCACUGCAUCUCAUGACCUUGUUACAUCUGUAAAGAGGGGUGUGCUGGCUAUGAUUGCAGUGUUCCUAGCUUAUUCUUUGCUCCAAGCACCUUCAACGGUGCUCAUUCGGCCACAUCCUGCUGUAUGGCGUUUAGUUCAUGGAAUGGCUGUUGUUUACCUUGUUGCACUUACCUUUUUGCUCUUCCAGAACCGUGAUGAUGCUCGGCAGUUUAUGAAAUUUCUUCACCCUGAUCUGGGAAUUGAACUUCCCGAAAGAUCUUAUGGAACUGAUUGUCGUAUUUAUGUGCCUGAGAAUCCAAAAAGCAGGUUUAUCAAUGUUUACGAUACUUUGUUUGAUGAAUUUGUUCUCGCUCAUAUUUUUGGAUGGUGGGGAAAGGCUAUAAUGAUUCGCAAUCAACCACUUCUUUGGGUACUUUCGAUAGGAUUUGAACUAAUGGAGCUUACCUUUCGCCAUAUGCUGCCAAAUUUCAACGAGUGCUGGUGGGAUAGUAUUGUUUUGGACAUUUUAAUCUGCAACUGGUUUGGUAAGGUCACAACUAUAAAUAAUUUGCAAUAUUCGAAUNNGAAAACAUAUGAAUGGGUUGGUAUAAGCCGGCAGCCAAAUAUCCUUGGUAAGGUGAAAAGAACAUUGGGUCAGUUCACACCUGCACGAUGGGACAAAGAUGAGUGGCAUCCUCUUCUUGGGCCAUGGAGGUUCAUCCAAGUAUUGAGUCUUUGUGUGGUGUUCAUGAUCGUUGAACUCAAUACUUUCUUCCUCAAAUUCUGUCUUUGGAUUCCACCAAGAAAUCCGGUAGUCAUAUAUAGGCUUGUGCUUUGGUGGCUAAUCGCGAUACCAACUAUCCGCGAGUACAAUACUUAUUUGCAAGACAGUAAACCGGUUAAGAAAGUCGGAGCAUUCUGUUGGCUUGCCCUAGCCAUAUGCAUCGUGGAGCUUCUUAUAUGUAUCAAAUUUGGUCAUGGUCUGUUCCAUGACUCGAUGCCUAAAUGGUUGAUUGUUUUUUGGUCAUCAGCGGGGUUGGUCCUCUCGAUUUUCCUCUUAAUUUGGUCGUGGCAAAAUCAUAGAACUUUGCGGAGAAAGAGGCAAUAAUCACCAAAUUACAUUUCCGUUUCGAGUCAUCUCCAAAUUAUUCUUUUUACCCUUUUAUAAUUACAAAAUCCCUUUUCAUCGAUGGUAUCUGUAAAUAUGCAUUGCCCUAAGUUCUGUAAAUGCUUUUUAAGUUGUUGCUCAGACUGGAAAUCAGUCUUGGCAUGUAGAGGAUUUUAUUUAAUUUCCCAUUUAUUCUUGUUUUAUUGUUAUUUCUUAAUGAAACAUAGAAAUUGUUCUUGGUUAAGAGCCAUUUUCUAAUAAAUCAUUUGGCAUUUUUAA